AUGCCUAUGGUGUCUUCUCAGAUCGAGACAUUUUGUUCGUUACUAAGUAUAACGCAGGAAGACAUUGAAAACAGGAAGAAGUUUUGUCAAUCACUUUCAGACACCUUUCAGCUGUACUUUCCUCAGUUCAAACUUAAUCAGUUCGGCUCCAGUGUCAAUGGCUUGGGAUUCAAGGGAUGUGAUGUGGAUGUCUCAAUUCAGACAAUCUUCAAUGAUGAACCACAUGUGAUGUUAAAAGAAGUACCAUCCUUAGACUCUGUCAUCAACGGAGAAGUGUCAGAUGAAACUGUGGCUCGUAUGACCCCUCAAUAUCUCCUUCGCUUUGUGAGAAGAAUUCUUCGUAGGCAUUGCCCCGAUAUUAGGGAACCCAUACUACUUAUAAAAGCUCGUUGUCCAAUACUUAGAUUUUAUCACUCUAAAUAUGAUGUGUUCUGUGAUUUUUCUUGUGAAAAUGAGUUUUCUUUGCGUAACACAAAAGUCUUAAGACUUCUGUGCCAUUAUGAUGAACGAUUUGCACCUCUUGCCAAGCUUGUUCGUUACUGGGGCAAAUAUGGUGGAUUUGUUGGAGACAUUGACAUGUUCAACAGCUAUGCAUUUUCUCUUCUUGUUGUUCAUUUUCUGCAAACGAGGGAUCCCCCGAUUCUGCCUCCUCUGACAACAAUUGACGAUUCAGAAUAUCUCCAUCGUGGAAAUGUAAAUGACGAUGAUCUUCUCUUUAGAGAAGUAAAGAAAAUACCACCCUCAAAAACAAGCACAAAUGAUUUACUUGUAGAAUGCUUGCUAAAGGAAUUCUUCUUUUACUACCUAAAUUUCGACUUUUCAAGAGUGAUUCUGCCCCUAAAAAGUACUUCAAUACCAAAGAGCGACUUUUUGAAUAGUCAUCAUGUGAACGACGAGUUUGAGUUUGGCUCAGUCUGUGUCUUGGAUCCGUUCCGUCCCAGCUUCAAUACCACUUCUAGUGCCAACUAUAAGAACUGCAAGAGAUUUCUAAGUUCUCUCAUCAACACAUGCAGUGCUUAUCAAGAUCAAUCAUUAUGGAUACCUCAAGCGAAAAUGUGGGGUCUCUGCUCUUUGUUCCACUUGCCAAAAGCUGAGAAUAAAGUGUAUGAUGACUGGAGGAAAAACUUAGUUCACAAAAUAGAACUACCAUACAAAUUACAAGCUAAAGAUAUUUUACUGAAAAUAUUGGAGCAUGGACUUUUAUUUAACUGUAGCAGCUUUAACACUGAAAAUGAGGAAGUUCUGGUUAACAAUGUCAUUUCAAAACCUAUCAUGAAAUUGCAUUGCAAAAGUUACUAUAAUACCUGGCAAGGGCGUGAUCUGUGGCUUCAAAAGUACAAGCACGAAGCUGUUGACUUUUUAGAAUUGCAUCACUUAAUAUCGGUAGAAUUAUCGAAAAGCAAAAUGGAGACUCGAAGGCAAAUGCUUUUUGAUUUUCAGAUUCUGUGUUCUGAAGUGUCUGACAACACAGAACUAAAACUGUUAUUGACUUUAACUUUUAAAGAAUCUAAAUUUCCUCCAAUAGUAGCUAUAUUUUUGAAAGAAUUUAUUCCUGAGCUGUAUAAUAAACUGUAA